AUGCCAAUUUUGAAGGCUUUAAUUGUAUUUAGUUAUUUGCUUCCAGCAUCAAUCAGUGUUCUCUAUAUUAUAGGAAUGGCAGCAAGAUUCUUUGAUUUGCGAUCCAAUAUUCAAGCUUAACCACUCCCUUAUAAUUACUCAAUCAUUUUGCGGAUUACGCUAUUAACUUUAGAUAUUACUGCUGAAUUCGUUGAAUUUAUUCUAAUGAUAUUUAAAGGCGACGAAAAAUAUUAUUACAUCUCUGGAGUACUCUUUGUAAACAUUUCAGCAAUUAUCAUGCAAAUUAUUUUAAUGACAUAUGAAUACAAGAAAUAAGUGCCUAUGUUCUUUGCUCACAAAAUAUAUUGGGUCUUAAAUUGGUUGUUUUUAAGUAUUACACUUACAUUACUCAUUUUCUAUGUACAUGGGAAGAUAUUUGAAUACACUUUGCUUGUGUUUCGAGUUCUUGAUUAUACCAUACUUAUCAUCUUUACUCUCUUCAUUAGACGAUAGGAUAUAGCGGAAUUUGAAACCUUGGGUUUUUGGAGGAGUGAAUUACCGAUGAUAGAUUUAUCAGAAUCUCAAAGACACAGAACAUCAACAGUGAAUAAUUCCCAAAGUUCCUUUCUAUUAAAAAUAGAUGUCAAGAAGUAAUGGAAUAUAGUAGAUGAUGAUAUUGAAGUUAAACUUGAUAUCAUAAUCGUUGGGGCUGAUAAACAAUACAAAUUAAAAAAGAGGACAUCUGAAAUCUUCUAUCAUCAUUAAUAAUAUAUAUUCGAGAAUAAUGACUACUUUGAGCAACAUUCUAAUGAUUUAUUAUAAGUCAAUUUCCUAAUGAAGUAGAUGCAAGAAAGCUAGGACUUAUUGCUAAUUAAUUAAAUUCAGAAAUACUUUAACUUUAUCGUAAGCAAGUUGGAAUUGAUUACACCUUCUUUUGUUGAAUUCAUAUAAUUGCAACAUACAGAGAAAAUGUUAAUUGAAGAAAUGAAAUUAGCAAAUCAUUCCUAAAACUUGCAUAAAUCCUCAAUGAUAGUCCGUAAGAAUUAACCAAAUAAGAAAUAUAAAUGGGAUAUCCAAUCAUAAUAUUUGCCAUAUUUAGAUGUUCGAAUUACAGAAUUUCAAACAAUUAAAAAUCUUACAGAAACCUAUGUACAAUAUACAUUGAUGACAUAAUUUGAGGAUGAAACUCUAAUUGUUUAAAAAAGAUUUAAAGAAUUUUAUGAGUUUAGUGAACUUAUGAAAAAUAUCAUUGAUAUCAAGAACUUUCCUCCUUUCCCUCAAAAGUCAUUAAUUAAGAUGUCAAAUGAAGAAAUAGAGGAGAGAAAGUAGGACUUAGAGAUCUUUAUGAAAGUAUUGUUGAAUGACCGUUAAUAUCACGUUUCUGCGCUAUUCAAAUUCAUAGGAAUGUAUCAAUCUAUUGAAGAUCAAGUUAAAAACCUAUAAGCAAAAGUGAUUAAGGAGAGUGAAUUGAUAAUCAAAUUACACAUUAAAAAUACAGGAUUUGAGGAGGUUGUGGGAAAGGAUGGUGAGAAAUUCAUUAGAUACUCAUUUGUCAUAGGGUCAGGGGAUUCAAAGCACUUAAUUUGGAAGAGAUUCAGUCAAUUUGAUGAACUUCAUAGUAUUUUAAAAUAGAGAUAUCCCUUACUUCCUCAAUUGCCAUAUAAGACGACUGCGGCAUUAUAGUAGAUAAAUCCAAAUGUGAGAUGUGUGAAUCUAUAGCAAUAUUUGCUUGAUUUAAUAAAGGUACCUACAAUAGGUGAAAAUGCUCAUUUGAGAUAGUUUUUAGAGGUGAGAAGACUUGAAAUAAAUGUGAAUGAUUCUGGAUUUGAAGGAUCCUAUUCUUAAUUUGAUAACAUUUUGUAAAAAUUAGAUAAUAAUAAUAAAGAUAUAGAAUAAUUGGAAAAUAUGCACAAUAGAUUGUGGUAAUGA